AUACAUGCCCACAAUGAAGGCGAAACCCAGCUAUCUUAUGAAAACAUAUUGAGCAAACAAAGCAAGAGGAGAAAGAGGUGGUGAUAGCUGCCCUUGAGAAAGGGAGUCCAGUAGAGCAGAAGCAACAGAAAGAACAAGCUGGGAUUUUUCACGCCAUCAUGUCGGUUACAAUGUGCCAAACCUUGGGCUUUGUUGUCUCAGCCCUGGGCUUCGCUGGGAUCAUCGCAGCAACUGUACUGGACAUGUGGAGUACACAAGAUCUCUAUGAUAACCCAGUGACUGCAGUAUUCCAGUAUCAGGGUCUGUGGAGAAGCUGUGUAAGGCAGAGUUCUGGAUUUACGGAGUGCCGACCUUACUUUACCAUUCUCGGCUUACCAGCUAUGUUCCAGGCAUGCAGAGCCCUGAUGAUUGUAGGGAUUGUAUUAGGGGCUAUUGGUUUGCUUAUUUCAAUCUUUGCACUGAAGUGUAUCCGAAUUGGUAGCAUGGAAGACUCAGCCAAAGCCAACAUCACUUUGACUGCUGGUAUCAUGUUCAUCAUAGCAGGAUUGUGUUCCAUUAUUGGAGUUUCAGUAUUUGCAAACAUGUUGAUAACAAACUUCUGGAUGACCACGGCUAGCAUGUACACUGGGGGUGCCAUCAGUGGAAUGGGAGGUAUGGGAGGCAUGCAGACUCUACAGACAAGAUACACAUUUGGCUCUGCACUUUUUGUUGGAUGGGUGGCCGGUGGUCUGGCACUAGUUGGUGGGGUCAUGAUGUGCAUAGCAUGCAGGGGACUAACGCCUGAGGAAACAACGUACAAGGGUGUUUCCUACCAUGUGUCUGCCAAGAGCCCAGGAUACAAGACAUCAGCCUAUGAAGACAAGAGUAAAAAAUCAAUUUAUAAUGAAUCUCGACGCAGUGAUGCUCCUUCAAAAUUUGAUUAUGUGUAAUACUAUCAAGGCAUUGCCCAUUUAUCUGUCAUGACAGAGUGUUAUUCGGUAUAAUUUAGGGAGCCUUGUGUAUUGAGCAGUGUAAUAUGAGACAUGGUUUAGAGCUUGAAGACAACACAGUUUUGUAAACUUGGACAAUUACUUUUGACAACACAAUUUACACAAUUUACAUUUCUAAAGUAAUAUUUUAUAACUAAUAUUCAAUUUCUACCUUUCAAUUGUUCUUCCGCACUUAUAUUUACAUAUAAGACUUGGGGGAAUGUUCUUUAAAGAAAAUCGUUCUUCCUACCUAAGUUCCAUAUAUGUUUCAGACUGAGAAUUCCUAAAUAUUAGACACUUUUUUCCUUGUCGAUCAAUAUAUUUUAUUCACCCAUAUUCAUGUUAUGGAAUAGCUGAUGGUGGUGAUGGAAAAUAUUCUUUUUUAGAACCAGUUUAGAAUAGAAUACUCAACUUUAAUAUCCAUCGUUCUCCUCCAACAAGACCUACUUGGAGAUUAUGACAUGUUUUAUCUUUAUAUGAACGUCUGUAUUGUUUUGAUGUACUGUAUUCCAAUUAUAUCAAACAAUUUCCUAUUUUUCUAUGUAUUUCUUCUGAUGAUAUUGAUAAAAGGUUCAGCCACUUAAAUUACAUGUAAAAGGGAGAAUCAAUCUUGGGGGGUAGUAGUCAACUUACAUUGAGCUUAAUAAAUUGUCAACAAACACAUUUCAUUGCACGUGAUACACGUCUUGCAUUUGAAAUUAGGUAGACGUAUGUGCAGGAUUCCUGAGUGAGAUCUCUACAGAGUCAUCUUAACAACAUGUUAGAAUAAAAAAAGUGAUACAUAGAAAGCCACAAUCUUAUAGUGAAACAAGAAUUGUUAAAAAAACAGCAAAUUGAAAAAAAAAUCAUAUUUACGAUA